AUGUCCAUCAAACGGGCGCUCACCAAAGCCAUUCGUGGCAACACCGACAACGAGGAAGCUUCGUCAGGUAGCCAUAUUCGGUCCCUCUCCCUGGGCCCCUCCAAAGCGCGGACCUCCACCUCGCUCGAUUCUCGAAAGUCCCACGAUGCUACGCCGUCGGCCUCGCCUCGCCGUAGUAUUUUGGGUACGUUCUUCCGGGACAGAGACUACAUCUCCUCGUCAGAAGAUCAGUCAGACGACUCCUCGGCGACGGGCAAUCUCAGCAAAAAUCAGCAGAAGCGACUGGCACGUCAACAACGCCGCAAUGAGCGGAGUCGCCUCAGCGAGGACCUGGUGUCCGAGUCAGACCAUCGCCGGAAAGAAGAAGAACUUGCCAAAGCUGCGGCGGAGGAGACAGCCGAGAUGAAAGCGCGUUAUGGCGAAUUGCCGCUGAUGCAAUCGCAAAGCCGGCCUCGCGAGACUCGUAUCGCCCUGGACGACAUCACUCCAGCGAUGGAGGGCCAGGAGGUUUACUUUACCGCACGCCUGCACGUCAUCCGCCGGAUGAGCGCCAAGUUAGUCUUCCUGGUCUUUCGCCAGCAGUUGAGUACCUUUCAAGGUGUGCUUCACGAGCGUCCAGGGAUCUCAUCCAUUGCCAUGAUCUCCUGGGUCGAGCACCUGCGAGUCGGCUCCUUCCUGCGCGUUCGCGGCAAGGUUCAGAAGCCUGAGGUGCCCGUUCUGGGUUGCAGUAUCCAUGACGUCGAGCUUGCGAUUGAUUCUGUGCACCUCCUUGUCAAGCGCGAGGAGCCGGUUCCUUUCAGCGUAUACGAGGCUGAGAUUCAAACCAACGAGGAAGACAAGGCCGAGGGCCGCCGUAGUCACAUUCCGGACCGCACUCGACUGAGCAAUCGUCUCCUGGAUCUUCGCACCGCGACCUCCCAAUCCAUCUUUCGUUUGCAGUCCGCAACGUGCAAUCUUUUCCGGGGCGCUCUCGAUGAGCGAGGCUUUAUUGAGAUUCACACCCCCAAGCUACAGGGUGCGGCUACUGAGUCGGGUGCAAGCGUCUUCCAGGUGAAUUACUUUGGUCGCCCGGCCUUUUUGGCCCAGUCACCCCAGUUGGCGAAGCAGAUGGCCAUUGCCGCCGAUUUUGGUCGUGUGUACGAGAUCGGUGCGGUCUUCCGUGCAGAGAACUCAAAUACCCAUCGCCACUUGACAGAGUACACCGGACUUGACAUUGAGAUGGCGAUCGAGGAACACUACCAUGAAAUGUUGGAGGUCCUGGACGCAACAAUCAAAAAUAUCUUGAGCGGCAUCUACACCAAGUAUCGCCGCGAAGUCGACACUAUCAAGCACCAGUUCCCGUCAGAGGAUGUUAUUUGGCUCGAGCAGACGCCCAUCAUCCGCUUCUCUGACGGCAUUCAGAUGCUGAACGACUCCGGCUGGCGGACCGAGGAGGGCGAAAUGCUUCCCCUCGAUGAGGAUCUCUCGACCAGGGAUGAAAUUCGUCUCGGUGAGUUAGUCAAGGAGAAGUACGGUACCGACUAUUACGUCCUCGACAAAUUCCCUCGUGGCGCGCGUCCCUUCUACACAAUGCCUGACCCCGAAGACGACAAGUACACAAAUUCGUUCGACAUGUUCAUCCGAGGCCAAGAAAUUGUCUCGGGUGGUCAGCGUAUUCAUGACCCCCACAUGCUUGAGGAGAACAUGCGCAAUGUCGGCAUCAACCCAGACGACAUGGAGGAGUACCUGGAGGCUUUCCGCUGGGGCGCGCCACCCCAUGCUGGUGCCGGUAUUGGUCUUGAGCGAAUGUUGAUGCUCUUGCUCAAGGUGGGCAACAUCCGACUUACUUCGCUCUUCCACCGUGAUCCCAAGAGCCUGCCGGCCAAGCCCCCCGUGCCGCAACUCCGUCACCCGGAAGCUUCCACCGUUGAACCGCCAUGGCUCGAACGCUCCCGUGUCGCCGAGAACGAGAGCGAGCUACAGCCCUUGGAGAAGUUGGUUGCAAAUUACGGAGAUGCCACCUCCACUUCUUGGUUCGACGAGCGCUUCAAAAUCUGGCGAGACAUGAUGACGGGUGCGGCUGUAGCCUACGUGCCCAGCAGCAACAAUUAUGUGAUUAUUCCCGGAAAUCCCGCAUGCGAUCCCUCCCAGUACUCGCGAACUAUCACACAGUUCCUCCAGUGGCUUCGCCGAGAGACAAAGUACAAGCCCAUCUGGAUCCUGUGCUCGCCGGAGAUUGAGACCAUCCUUGGUGAGCGUCUUGGAUGGCGCAGCUUGUCCUGCAUUGCGGAGGAACGUGUCGAGCCCUCCGCCAAUCAAGCCGCCUCCGAUGGUGAGUUGGCCCGCAAGUUGCGCCGUGCUGAAAACGAAGGCAUAAAGAUUGUCUCGCUCAACCAGGGCGAGCUCCCUUCGGAAGAGAUUCGUCAAAAGAUCGACGAGCGUAUCCACGAGUGGCUGGCCAAUCGCAAGGGUACUCAGGUGCAUCUUUCUGAAAUCCGACCCUGGGUUGACCACGAUCAUCGUUGGUACUUCUAUGCCGUCGACAAAGAGGGCGUCAUCUGCGCCUUCGUCGCACUAGUGAUGAUCUCGCCUGCACAUGGUAUGCAGGUCAAGUACAGCUUGGACUUCCCCAACUCGCCCAACGGUGUCAUUGAAUACAUUGUCACUCAGGCCAUUCAAACCGCUGGCAAGGGUGGCGUCAAGGGGUUGACCUUUGGUGCUGGUGCCACCAGUCACUUGACUCCCGGUCACAAUUUACACGGUGCCAAGAUUCGAAUGUUGGAGCGCACCUAUGAGGCUCUUGCCAAGCAGUUCCACUUGGUACGGAAGAGCGAGUUCCGUGCCAAGCUCGGCGCUACUGAGGAACCUCUUUACAUUUCCUACCCAGCUCAUGGUCUUGGCUCCAAGGGAAUCCGCGCGGUGCUCAACUUCUUUGAAGACUAA